AUGAUUUCUGUGUGUGUUUUGCUGGCUGCCUCGUGGAUUUCACAUGCUUUGUCAUUGCAUGUUACGAUCUCUCAAUCAUUUGGCGCAAAUAACAUGAGCUGUUACACUUCAAAUGGGACUCUUCCUUGCAGAUCGCUCAACUACGCUCUGGAAAUUCUAAAUGAUGCCUCAUUUAGCGACGAAACUACGUUUAUUUUCGUUAUUCAAGACAGGAUACAUGAUUUGCGAAACCAAAUACAGAUUUCACAACCACGAAAGGAGAGACAGGUCUUUAUAACAGCAUUGGUGUCUAGAUCUGUGAUACGCUGUGGCGACGAAACCCUUGAAAUCUGUGGCUUUAUCUUUGGUUCACAAACGGGUGGAACAUUUUUCACGUACAAUAUUCACUUGUCAAACAUCGAGUUUCAGCAUUUUAGUGCAAACGCUGCGGCUGUCGUGGCGAUUUGGAACUCCGUCGAUGUCUCGUUCACCAACUGCGCAUUUACACAAAAUAAACGAGCUGGUGUAAUUGCGUUCGACAGUGGCGUUAAGAUAGCAGGAUGCCGUUUUUUAAACAACACUUCGAAUGUACAGCAUACCCGGCUAAGCAGGGAACUAACCACAUCCGUCGGUGGUGGAGCUGGGUUUGUAUUUCUUAUGUCAAGUAACUUCACUGUCGUCGUCCGAGACACGAACUUUACCGGAAAUUCAGCGGCCACAAACGAUUCCGAAAACUUUAUUCCUCCGUUUACGUCAAGCUCGGUUCUUCCUAAACUGAACUUCUUGGGCGGGGGUUUGCUUGUGGCUUUUCUUGAAAAGGCAAAUUCAAAUCGAGCAUUCGUCAAGAACAGUGUUUUCUUUAACAAUAGCGCCACUUUCGGAGGAGGGUUGUUUCAUUUUUCGGCUCAUGGUUCUGGCGGGAAUAUAUUAGACGUUCAAAGCACGCUUUUCAAACGUAAUCGAGCGUCGCAGGGCGGUGGGGCACUUAGCACCUCGAUAUGGGAUUCGAGCUCUUGCAGUAUCCUCGUGAAGGACUGCAUCAUAAGUGACAACUGGUCUAGGAGGGGCGGUGGUCUCAAUAUUUACCCCAUGAGGAUGCAAUACACAUAUCCAAUCGCGCAAUCCUUUAUGCAGUUCGUAAAUGUGACUUUAGACAGAAAUUCCGGUCGGGCUAGCGCGGCAGUUCGCUUGGAUACUGCCCUUCCCGUUGGCUAUUCGAUUAGUGUGCUACCAGAAUUUAUUGACUGCACCAUCCAGAACCAUGAAGCGACCUAUCUAUCCUACACAGCACCCUUUGCGAGUCAAAGGAUACAUGUGAAAUUUAGCGGUACCAAUGUCUUCACAAUGAACCAGGGAGCCGGUGCUAUAGAGUUCCAAGAGGGAGUGAUACACCUCAAUGGCACUUUGGAGCUUAGCAAGAACACUGGUACCCAUGGAGGAGCGGUUGUGUUCAGGUCCAGUCAGCUUAUACUAUACCCUGGAAGUGAACUGAAUUUUGUUCAAAAUGCUGCCAGCGGCAUUGGCGGAGCAAUUAUGGUUCAAACCCGCGCGAUGUAUGAAUACAUUCAUCGAUACAAUCCUGACUGUUUUGUGAAGUACAGCGAAGACGAUACGCCACCGUCAGAAUGGAAGGUAAGGGAUGACGCCUUAUACGCUGUAUUUAACUAGCGGGCAUACAAAGUUAAAGACAAAGGGAUGGGAAGCUUAGUUGUAUGCCCCUCUGCCCCCCCCGCCUCCCAUAGAAAAAGCUGUUCUUUUUUUUCUUCAAGCUCAUUUGGGCAAACUUUGAUGACAUUCGAUUGCUAUAAAAAAAGGUUGCAAGUUUAAGAAAGUAUGAUUCAAAGAUUAUGUGCCUUUGGCCAAACGGGAGGUCAGGAUGUCUGGAUAUUGAGCAAGGUCUUCUUUGCAUUUUUAUGGAGACAAAAGGGAGCUUAGCAACUACGCAGAGGACGUUCGACGACAACUUCAAAAAACAAAAGGUUUAAUGAUCAAAACAACAGCUCUGCACGUGCAUCAGGCUUUUUAGUGCAUUUCUUUGACGUCCACUGCACGACUACGACGUGAAACCUCCUAAUUUGAAGUUUUAUGGAGGACGUGGACAUACGAAGCCGAACUCUUCCUUCGUCUUUUGAACUUGAAAAAAAUUCUUAAGAAUUUAACUCCAGGAAAGGUCACCUGCAUUUGACAUAUUGAGCGGGUCCAAAUAGACGCGAUUAAGUUUGAAACAACGCAAAUUCACUUUUCAGCGAAGUUUUUACUGCCUUCGUCGUCGUCGUUGCUUAAGGUCGCUUUUUUAAGUCGAGGUUAGCCUGGGUGCACUCGACUUCUAUUUCGUUUGUUGCUCAAAAUGUUUCCGCGAGCAACAAAUGAAAAAUGAAAAAUGGAGACUUCUGCGCGCAAGCUAAGUCUAGGUCAAUAAAACUUAAAAAGAACUAGGCCACAGAGGCGGCGGAGCAUUUUGAAACGUGAAGGGGGGGGUGGGGGGGGCUCAUCUUUCUUAAAUGCCCUGUGCGUUGUUCGUUGGCACACUCAAACCUCUUUGCAAUCUUCACAGUGUCUUGUGUGUCCGUAAUCGAUUUAUGACAAUGCAUCUGUAGGCAGUUGUUCAGGCCGUCCUGCUUCAUAGUGCUUCUUAGGUAGUUCUUGAGUGUCUCUGAGGGCACAAAAUGUGCUUUCUGAUGUCAUGGAGGCCACAGGUAAUGUUGCCUGCGUUAUUUUCUGCACCAAAAUGUGGGAGCUGUGCCCCCGUCUCAAAUUUGUGGUAUGCCCCCCCCCCCUGAUCCGCCGCCUAUGGGCCAAUGUCCAGUCAUCUUGACCUGACAAAGAGAACAACGCGGGAAAUCGCGAAUGGGGUGAAUGGCAAGACAGAUGGUAGAUAAUCAUAACACAGCAUAAGCGUCAUCUUCGUAAAUACGGGUACAUACGAGACUGGUGAAACUGUCCACCAUCCACAUGCUGAUAAUAUUCUAAGGAUGACUUUUCAUUCUACUCGGUGCAAAGUGGAGGAGUAACGUGAGACGAAACGAUUUCAGUUCAAUCUCGAUACCGCGAAAAAUGACCCUCCAGGAAAGGAAAAUUCAAUUUUUUAUGUCCCGGGGCUAUCCUUGUUUUGGUUUCUUCAGUCUAAGAGUAAUACAAAGUAAAAGCAGCAACAACAACAAUUACAAUCAAACCCCGUUAAUACGGGCACUGAGGGGCCAAAGCUAAUGUCCGUAUUGAGGGAGGUAAAUGUAGAGAAAAUCUAAGGGGUUUCUUUCCCCUGGGACAAAGCAAAUUGUCCGUAAUAAUAAGAUGUUCAUAUUAGCGGGUGUGACUGUACCCGGCGGGGAUACUUUCGGAACUUCUGGGUGGGGAUGUGCCGCUGGGACCCUGGAACCCUUAACCUAUACCAGAGCUAAUUCAGCUGAAUUAUGCUACCCUAUACUAGAGUAAACUCCCCAAAUCCCCCUAUCCUAGAGUAGCUGUUUACCUAGUCUAGAUAAAAUCUUCAACCAACCGAUCAGUUUCCUGAAAAAUGAUACCCUAUUCUAGAGCCAAACGCUCUGAUUUAUGUACCCUAUCCUAGAGUAAACUGCUUGAAAACCAUACCCUUCACAGCGGGACAUACCUAUAUAGCCCAUAUAUGGCAGUACCCCCCGGUGAUUGUAAUACUUCUACUUUUUCCGUCAGGCUAAGGUAUCAUUUAUCAAGAACAGCGCGAGACUUAAGGGUGCUGCCAUUUACAUCUCGUCCCUGGGAGCGUGCCUAUGGUACGAAAAGUCUCCAUUCUACAGCGUCGAUCAGGCCCUCCGCUGGAAUAACACCUUUGUUUAUGAAGGUAACUAUCUUCGUCCUGGCAAGCAUUUUCAGCCAUUUUCCGGUACAGAGUACGACAUCGCAACAGACACCCAUCAUUUUGAGGACGAGGACAAAACUGAUAAAGAGAUACAGGUAAAAACUCAUCUCUUUAUUCCUUAGUUAAAAAAUAAAGGAAAGGCAAAAAGUCCUUAUUUUAUGUCGGUAGCUCGAAAUAGUCAUCUGACUUACGCUCAUUCCCCGGCAGGAUUAGCUCAGACGGUAGAGCGCGCGCUUACCUGCAGAGCGAAAGGCCAAGGGAUCGAUUCCCGGGGCCGGACCAAUACUCAGGGUCUUAAAAGUAACUGAGAAAUGAAGGUACUCCCUUUGCCCUGCAAGCGGUUAGACCUUCGCGUGGCUCGGAUGACGACGUAAAAUGGCGGUCCCGUCUCCAGCUGGAAACGUCGAAAUAGUGUCCUCAAUUAGUACUUUCGUGCCUAAUACUUUGACGCUCAAUUAAAAGUUCUCUUAUUUUCUCAGACGCCAUUUUAUGGGGAUACCAGUGGUGGCGUCGCUGUCCUAACCUGACGUUUGAAAGAAAAGGGGAAGAGGAUUCCGCGUGAGUGAGAAGCGCGAGAGGCGCGCGAUCUCGCAUCCAAAUUCCAAUUCCCCUUCCCCUUCCCUUUCGAACGCCUGCCACGCGCGCAGGUUAUAACUGUCCUUUUUUUCUUCUUCUGCUUGAUCCUGCAGCUGUCGCCUGGCGAGAAAUCCAUGAUGGAUAUUCAAGGAUUCGAUGAACUCAAUCACAUGGUAUUUACCAUUGCUACGAUAUCCCAAACAGCCAACCCAGGCCUAAGCAAUAGGCUACAUGUCGACGAGAGUAUUCGUCUGUUGUCGCCACUUAACGAAGUGUCUUUUCCGUUUUCGUAUCGCCUGGCCAACAAAACUGUAUACAUGCAGCUGACCAACAAAACACUGCACCGUUUUCAGGUUGAGGAUAUUUUCUCUACGUUGAAAAACAGAUAUUUCUUUAACGUCACUGCAAUCCCUUGUAGACCAGGAUUCAAGUUCCAGGGUACUGUUUGCACUUGUGACAAGUCCAUCGAUGGCGUCUCGCGGUAAGACAGUUUUAAAAAACGUGUUAAACCUGAAUAGUGUAAGACGCUAAUAGUGAUCCCGAGGCGGCAAAUAAUGCACAAAAUUCCCCGAUGUUUGAGGUGGGUCUAGGCUACAAUCUUGGACACAAUGAAAUUUAACUGCAAACACCCAUCCCCCUUCCCCCAAAUCAAGGAUGAAGAAGCGCACCAUUUGUCUAUCCUUGUUUUGGGGGUCAUGGGGGUCUAAAUUUCCCAUCCCUCCCCAAGAGGAAUUAGUGUUGCGUGACGUGACAAAAACGGCUGCGUUCUGCACGGAAAGGAAAGAAGUCGAAAUCUUAAGGAUGAGAGGUCACACCUGUGAAUCGAACUCAAGGCCUCUCGCAAAGAAGGUCGCGCAAUAACGGACUGUGUCAAUCCUUGCUCCCGAAUAAAUAGCGACUACUUUGCAGUAGAGAUCAGUAAGAUCGUCGAGAUCGAGCGCUUUGUGUUACGGGCUUCCAUCUCGCCCCUCUCCCCCUAGAGCUAUAAUUCCCUACGCCCGCCCCCUCGGCACAUUUGAUAAUCACGAUGGCCGCCAUUAAUGCUAAGACGCGCUAUAUCUUGACGAUCUCACGAAAAAAUAGGGGACUGUGAACAGUCUACUUAGCAGGCUAUAGGCAAAACUUGCACCUCCAAGGUUUGGAUUUAAUAGUGUUCAGUAUUGUUCAGUCCCCACUAUUCGUUUUUCUCAGCUGGAUCAGGUUAUUUAUUCAUCAUUAAUUAGACACAUAUUCUUCACCUGAGAUCUCAUCAUUUUCUUUUUUCACCCCUUUCUCCAAACAGAUGCGGCGACGACUCCCGGACAGUGUACCUAAUAGAGGGUUACUGGGGUGGAGUGAUUGAUGGUCGCCUGGUAACGUACUUUUGCCCUUCUCAUUACUGCCAGUGCGUCACCGAUGGAGACUUACCCGGAUGUGUAUUUAACCCAGCUCAUAUAGACGAGCAAUGUGCGCAUAAUCGUACGGGUGUGCUGUGCGGUAAAUGCAAGAAAGGUUUAAGCGUGGGUUUAAGGUCAGUAGUAUUAUACAACUUACUGUCUAACCCCCCGAAGGGAAGGUCAAGGGGGAAGGACCGGGGCAGGUCUUUUAUUUAGCCUUGUCUUCACGGAGUUUUCAGGUGUUUUAGUAUAAACCAAUUCAGUUGGAUAAAAGUGGAAAAGUGUUACUUUUUCAAAAAGUAACACUUUUGAAUGUCACUUAGUAAGAGCUUUGUUUGCGUUUUAAUAUUUCGAGAAUUUCGUUAAGCGCGUUUUUCUCGUGGUUAUACCUAUUACUCUUAAAAACACAGCAGCUCCAAUUAUUUUUGAAUUGUUGGUAAAAUUUCGCUUUUCAAAACUGUCUAAAAACGAGACGCUAUUUUCAUUCCCAUUCGAAAAGAGUGAAUAGCGAAGGAUAUCCCUCCUUACGGGAGCAAAUAUAUAUAAACACUUGAAAGUUGCUGUCCUCUGAUUUAGGUCAAAAAAGUUCUAAUACAUGUUUAUACUUUUUGGUAUUUUGUAACGAGACAAGACACAAUUAAAUAAUACUUUUUACAAAAUGACACCCUGAGGAUACAAAAACUUAUUACGCCUAACCUUCUUUUAAAAUUAACUGUUAUUUUAUUAUUCAAAUGAACAAUGAUCCUCGCAGUUGUGAACGCAAUUUAUGCAAUUGCGUAAGAAGCCUGAAAAAAAUUCAGGACUUCAACAGGAUUUGAACCCGUGCCCCCGGGAUGCUGGUGGAUGCUCUAACCAACUGAGCUAUGAAGCCACUGAUGUUGGGAGCUGGUCAAUAAUGUGUUCAUUAUGUUCCCGUGCAAAAACAUCAGUGGCUUCAUUACUCGGUUGGUUAAAGCAUCGCACCGUUAUCGCGAAGUCACGGGUUCAAAUCCCGUUGAAGUCCUGAAUUCUCACGCAAUUACAUAAAUUGCGUUGACAACUGCGUGGAUCCUUCUUCAUUUGGUUUCAUUUCCGCAGUUAGUCGUAUAUGAUUUAUUUCAUAUACAUCUAUCACAUUCAUCUCUUUCAGGGGAACAUAUGAUUACAUACUUGAUCAGCUUCCAACAUAAGUGGCUUCGUGGCUCAGUUGGUUAGAGCAUCGCACCGGUAUCGCGAGGUCACGGGUUCAAAUCCCUUUGAAGUCCUGAAUUUUUUUUUUUUAGGCUUCCUACGCAAUUGCAUAUAUUACAUUCAUAAAAGCGAGGAUCAUUCUUCAUUUGAUUUCAUUUCCGCCGUUCUUAUAUCAUUUAUUUCAUAUACAUCUAUUAUAUUAUUAUUAUUAUUAUUAUUAUUAUUAUUGUUGUUGUUGUUGUUCGGUUUUCAAAACCCGAUUGAGACCUUUAGCUUCUUAUAACCGGCCUGCUCUUUUCAAUGGCGAUUACAAACCUUAAAGUAGGGGCGAGGUGGAGGCGCUUUGGGCGAAACAAACGGAAGUAUCUUGGCAACCAGGUUUAAUAUUUCAGGCUUCUCACCGAGGGUUCCACGUCAUAGAGUUCCACUUAAUAUAUGCAGACUUUCACUUCGCUACCCUCCAAUUCACUCUUUUUACUCCUUUUUUUUCAAAUUGAUUUUCUAGAAUGGAAGAAUGUCUUGAAUGUGAGGGCCAUGGAGCGUGGGUAAUCGCUGCGGUCGUCGUUGUUGUUAUCGCUGUAUGCGUCAUAAUUAUUGUCGUCAAUCCCAGCAUGUCCAGCGAGCUUCGAGGACCCCUGUUUUUCUUCCAGGUCCUCCCUAUUAUCUUCGAGCCCAAUAACGUCAUUGGAGAAUCGGUACUCUAUGUUGCAGACCUGCUAAAUUUUGGAGGACCCCUAGUAUAUCUUCACAGCUGUGUGGUGGAAGGAAUGAAUAAUUUGUUUGCCGUCGCCUUGGGAUACCUAAUGCCCUUUGUCACGCUUAUUGUCUUUCUAAUUUCGUACAUACUGAGUACGAGCUUUUACCUGGUCAGGUUUAAAUUUCGCAAAAACUCCAGCCUGCAGUCUUUUUGGUUAAUGACGCUGUUCGUGUACAACUACCUUGCUGUGACAUCUUUUAUGUUGCUUCACUGUCCCAAAGUUGGUGGAAAGCUCGUUUUCUUCUACGAUGGAAACGUCCAGUGCUUCAAGGGAGAACAUCUCGGAAUGGCACUUCUGGCGAUGUUUGUUCUAUCAGUGUUAGUUGUUCCUCUUCCCCUGAUCGUCCUUGUCUUAACCAAAGGUUACUGGAAAGUUGACCCACAGUACGUCAGCACACUGACGAAUGGGUUGAGCCCGCAUUGCUCAUGGUGGUGGUCUGUGGACUUGUUCAGGAGAUUGUUGUUAAUGGCAACGUAUGCGUUUAUUCCAACUUGGCAUACUAAACAGGUGAGAGACUUGACGCCCUAGAUUACGUACUUCUAGAAACUCAUAAGGGGUUGUCAAUCAACCACUUAUGAGUUUCUAGUACUACAGUCAACUGACACCUUUGGGACCGGCACUAGCUGUCCGUCUUAGAGAGAUGUCCGUCUUAUAGCUAUAGAGAGUCGAAUAGGGGGAGCAAAGAAGGGAAGAGACCAACUCUAGGUGUCCGUUUUACAGAGGUGUCCGUCUUAUAGAGGUGUCUGUUAAGAGACAGUUGACUGUACUGAAUGCAGGGUGGGCCAUCAAACUUUUGGACUAAGCUGUCCACUAUACAAACCGCAAACGAAUCACCAUGCAAAUGAGACUGAGUCGUCCACCCAAUUCAACGUCUUCUCUAGGCUCGUUUUCUGCCACUCUCCGUAGGCCGGUCUUUCAUGCUCCCCAGAGCUCUCUCGGGGGAUGAUUGCGGGCUUAUUUUCCCGACCAGCAGCUGGUAAUCGAGCCUACCUCUUUUCUUUUCUAUCGAAUUAGAAAUGUAAUUUUGGUGGCGACGUGAAGUUUUCCAGAAUUUUGGAAAAGAUCGAAGCAAGUUUUUACCAGUAAAAUAUUUAGCUGUAAUACCAGAAGUGUUUUAGUUAAUACUUAAUUGGUCCCCAGUCCUUCAUAUGUUCUGUCGUUAGAUAUCCCCUGUGAAAAAUAUCCUCACUUUUCAGAGGCCAUCCCCACAAGGGGACAACUAACAAUGCUCAUGACUUAAAACAAAUAGAGACGUCUUAAACGUCCCCUCCCCCUCCCUUUUCCCCGUUUUAUCAACUGGCGCACUUUUCCAACAUCCUGGCCCAACAGAAAGACACUGGAACACGAUAAGGGACGCUCGGCUGUUACGCAAAGACGUCUCUUUCCAGGUAAACCAUAUCAUGAACAUCCCAAACAGACUGAAUCGCUGUAGACUCUCCGACUGACCGAUGCGACCAGCGAUAAGAAAAACGCGAGAGCGGGAAUACACAUUGAGAAUAAACGCGAAAGAACUGGGGCGAGAGAGGCUCCUCGCUCUCCCCAGUCUUAAAGCGCUUUUAAUUACACUAUUUUUCUGGUCUUGUCUACACCAUAUCUCAGCUGAAAAUUUGACUAAUAUGCUGUUUUUCAGAUCGUCAUGAUCCUUAUGUGCUGCUUGAUUCUCGCAGUACACAGCAUAUUUCAGCCAUACAAGAAGAAAAGAGUCAACGUGGUAGAAACCUUGUACCUCUUCGCCCUUUGUGUUAUGGCAACCAUGCAAGACUUGAACGACCAGAACACUGCAAAUGUAAUCUGCUUCGUGCUGCUGAUUUUAACCACCGUUCACUCUGUGGCCAUAAUUAUUUAUAAGGCCACUGGAUUCUACCGCAGUCGCUUUAAACGCCCUGGUCCGAAAAGGUUCGCCAAGCGUCGAGGGUACGGGUCAAUAGCAGGAACAGAUUUCGAGACUUCUAUUGGUCCCGAGCAGAUACGAAGAAAAAACAUUUUCGAUAUAAUAUUUAGCAAUUCUGAUGACAGCUCGGAUAGUUUCGGUAAAUGAGUGAAACUUAAAAAAAAAACUAGGCCAUUGUUGGAGACAACCUUGCAGUCGGUGACAGCAUUGUUUGGAUAACACCUAACCUGCGUUAAGCGCGGGGAACAAAAAUCCGUACAAAGCGCUUAAAAAAAGGGGAAUUUUGAUAGUGAACUGGAAAUUCAGUUAUUUCAACUUACGAGGUAGGAUCUAAGAUGGCGCGUUUCCUCAGAUACUCAAACGGGGCUUCUUGAUUCAGGAGGAUUUGUUAAAUAAGGUGGCAGACAUGCGUAGUGUGCUCGAGGAGCGAGGAUGGCCGCCGUAUGUUGGACAUUUUAGUUUUCACUCACUUCGCCCCGCAGAAAUUCUUUAACUCCCCCAUCGAGUCACUGCCAAGAGGGCCAAGGCGUAAAGGGUUUUACAAUUAAUUAUGACU